UCAAACGCACCCCUUUAUUAGAAACCACGACCAGUCUACAAUCAGUCAAUCACCUUCUCGGCUACUAGUCUGUUACUACAACUACCAUAAAUUGAUGUAUUUAAGUAAUUUAACCCUUUCCCAGAAAUCGAAUCCUGUAUACCUACUGCAUCUUAGAUUAAUCCCCUUUUGGCCCAUGAAUUCAGACGGGUGUUCAGAGACAUGGGAUUGCAGGUGCAGACAAAAGGGGUUUGCGUGUUUUGUGUUUUCCUCUGAUUUUCUGCAAAUUUCUGAGUUUUAAGACGAAAUGAUUGCAGAUUAAUCUCAAUGAAAGCUUACUUAUUGUUUAUAAUGAAUUCAAAUGCUUGGAUUUAAGACGAAAUGGUUUUUUCUUUCCUUUUAUUUUCUUGAGUAUUUGUGCUGAUUGCUGUUUUGGUCUACUGGGAGUACUUUACAAUUCUUGCCCUUUGUUUGUCUAUCAUUUUAUAUUUAAACCAGGAAGCAUUUAAUCAGAAUUGUUUGAUCGAUUUCCUUAAUAGUCUGGUGUCUUAUCUCUUAUGCCAGAGAACAUAUUUUGCUGAAGUUGUUGAGGUAAUGACAUAUUUGAUACUUUGACAAAUGCAUAUGUCAUAUCCGAAUUUACCUAAUAUAAUACUCUGUAUGUAUUAUGGUUUAUUUCUUUUUCCUCCGAGCAGUUUGUAACAAUUCCGUUGGUUCAAUUGUUGGCUUAUUGCUUGCCUUAUAACAACAUUAUGCAUUUGUUAUUUUUCUGUAAAAUUUAGAGAAUUCUAUUGUUCUUAUUUAUAUAUAUUCUUUACUUUUAUACAUUUAUUUGAUAGUGAGUAUUCGGCAGAAGCGCUUUUUUUAUUUUAGGAAUAAAUUGUUAAUGUGGUUACUUAAUCUUUGACCUUACUUUACAUAAAUUUUUUAAAUAAAUAUUGUUAUGUGGGAUCCUGGUAGUUUUGUCUAAAUGCAAGUUUUCCAAAUAUCUACUUUAUUUAAUGUUUUACUGAUACGUAAUUAAAGAUAUUUACAAAUAACUUAAUUGAAAUAAGUUAUGGCUUGGUGUGAUCUGCAUCAGGUCUGGUCUAAUGUGAUUCGGAACAUAAAUAACAUGUUCUUAAAACAAGGUAAAUUUGUGAAUCUCUGUGGGAGUUGUUCAUUACCAACUGUAAUCAUGCUGUUUGGCCUCACUGUCUUUGUUCAUUAAUCAAGUUUUAUGCUUAUGUAUUGGUGUUAGGCUGGUGAAUGGUUUUAGAAUUAUCCGAUCCCAAAUGAAACAAAUUAUCAGAAGUCUGCUAGCUCAACACCCGGCUUAAUGAUUUUGCCUGAAUUGAGCUGAUUUAGUUACCUGUUUAAAUUCAAGCAUACAAUACUAUAAGUUCAUUGUUUUUGGAUCCAUUCAUAAGUGUAGCAUAUGCUUUGAACAAGUCAGCAACAAAGACCACUAUUUGUUAUUAAAAAGAUGGGAAGGACAAAGGUGUGUAGCUGGCUUUAUUUAUCCAUGUAAUGCUAGAUGUCUACUUAGAUAAGUUCUUCAAGUAACUUUAUUGAUUUGUGUUUGCAUUUAUAUGCGUCUUCUUUGACUCAUUCUUCCAAAACUUUGUUGUGGUGAAUAAUAAACACAUCCUUAAUUUACACAUAUUAAAUUUCAUCUAAGUAAUGCUAGAUAUGUGCUUGGAUAAGUGUGUACACAUUUAAAUUUCAUCUAUCAGUGUUUGUAUUUAUAAGCGUCUUAUUUGACUUAUUCUUUCAGAACUUUGUUGUGGUGAAUUAUUAGCACUUCCUUAAUUUACCAAAAGGCCUAUUGGAAAUAAAUGGAAGUGUAAAUAGAGAAUCAGGUUCAGGACUUUGUUACCUUUAGCUUCUUUAAGAUGUUAGUUUUAGAAUUUUAAUUUUUUUUAAAAAAUAUGUCUUCAAUAAAAUUAUGCAUACACACCGUUCUUGAAGGUUCCUCCCUGCAUUAGUAUUGUCAAUAUAAUCAUUUGUUAUGGAGCGGUUUACCGUUUGGCUCUUAUCAAGCACUACCUUUAUUUUUCUUAGUUGACACGUAUUUCUUUUUAGCAAGUUUAUUUUUAGUUGACACGUUUCCUUUUUGUGUAAGUUUUAUACUUUGCACUUACUAGUCUACCCCACUUGUUUUAUCAUUCUGUCUCAUUCUUUCUCCUCUCCUUAAUAUGUGUGCCUAAAUUAAACCUGUCAACUAAAUAGAAACGGAGGAAGUAUAUCAUUAAGAUUAGAUCAGGAAAGUCAAUUUUUUUCCACCUAGUUAAUACUACUGCCGUUCUUUUAUGUUCUACUCACUGUGGAUACGCUAUUUAGAAAUUUGCUAAAGAAUGUGGGUGAGUGUAAGAUAGCGUAAGAGAGAGGAUGGUAAAAGGUGGGUUUGUGUAAAAAAAAAGUGAAUAAAGUAAGGGAUAGAGAGAGUAUGGAAAGGUGUAAUUAUUGUUGGGUUGGAUAGGUAAGAUGGUAAAGAGAGUAUGCCGUAAAUAAAAUAAAGCAAAGUGGGUAGAACUUAAAAGAACAACCUAAAAUUGAAAGUGGGUAGAAGAAAAAAGAUCGGAGGGAGUAUUUAUUAAAUUAUACUUCCUCUAUUUUUUUUUACUUGCAACAAUUUGACUUUUACACUAUUCACAUAUCUCACUUUGACUAGCUUUGGUGAUUUAUCGGUUAGGAAAAAUAUAGUUAUGUGGGAUCUUGUUUUACUCGUUUCGAUUUAUACUUUCAUAAUAUCAAAUUUUUAUAAUUUUUACACAUUGGUAAUUAAAGAUAUUAACGAUUGAAAUAGUGCAUUGGCAAGCGUGAAAAGAGAAGUGUUGCAAGUAUUAAGAAACAGAGGAAGUAUGAUGUGAUCAAUCUGAUCAUAGUUGUGGUUUUUAUAUGGUAAGUAAUCAAUAUGCAGGAUUCUUUCUGCUAGAAAUCAUUCAUUUCCAUUCUGAUAAAUGAAUUGAAUAAAUACAUUCAGUUAAUAUGGGCUGUAUCAUUUGGGAUUCGAUUCACUUUGAUAUGAUUUAAAGGUUUUGGGGGUGUUAUACUUAAUGUAAAUGGAGCCUUGAUGGCCUAAAGUCAGAAGGCAUAGUGGACUAGGUUUUCAGAAGGCCAUGCAUCCUCUUUCAAUUCCUUCAUGUAGUUUCUCUGCCUUGGCUAGGCCACCUAUAUAUGCAUAGCCUAUCUUCAUGUUUUCUGCAGCCAUUCUCUCACCUUUUCAAACCUGAUUUUGGAUUCAUCUACAUCCCACUCUCCUUUCCUAAAAAAAUAAAUAAAAAUGAGUGAUAUUCCAGAAGAAUUGGUGCUGCAAAUUCUGGUGAGGUUGCCUACAAAGUCUCUGCUGCGAUUCAGGUCUGUUUGCCAAUCUUGGUAUUUUCUUUGUAGUAGUUCCCGUUUCAUUUCUUCACACAAACUUCACAACCAUGUUACUGGUAACUAUAAUCUUCUCUUUAGGCGCUUCUGCAACACUCAAAAGAAAGAAAUAUAUAUCUUAUAUGAUGAAAAGUGUAGUUUUGGUCCUUCUAGGACAAUUUGGGAACUGGGUUUUCCAUUUGAUAGGCCUCAAGGGAACUACUAUACAGUUGUGGGCUGUGUUGAUGGGUUGAUUUGCUUAUGGGAUGAAACUCAUGAACUCAACCCUGUGACUCUGUGGAACCCCGCCAUCAGAAAGUCUUAUCAGGUUCCUAAUCUUUAUUGUAAACCGUCUGGUAGUAGAUCACUGACUUACCUAAAAUGUUCUUUUGGGUUUGGCUUUGAUGCUGUAGCUAAUGACUAUAAAAUUUUAAGGAUCGCCUUUUGGUUUCGUAAUUUCACAGCAAGUAGGACAGUUGACCGUAGGCCAUUGUCUUUUUCGACUAAACCUGUUGCAUGCUCUGCUGAUAUUUUCUCUCUGAGUACUAAAUCAUGGAGAUGUGUCAGUAAUUCUGUAUCCUUGCAGCAAUUAAGCGUUCCUGUUUUUGUUAAUGGCGCUCUCCAUUUCUUGACUCGCAAAGAUGGUAAUCAGUGCUGUAUCGUGUAUUUUAGUCUGAAUGCUGAGACUUUUAUGGAAAUGGCAUGUCCUGAGGGCGGGAAACUUAAUAUUGACUCAGAUCAUCGGAUUGUGGGAUCCGCGGGGACUAUUUUCCUGCUCCACCAAUUUCCUGGGUAUCGAUAUGACAUAUGGGUAAUGAAAGAGUAUAAUGUGGAAGAGUCGUGGACCAAGCUAUGCAAAAUUGAAUUGGAAUUGUUCCCUGGAUUUGGAUGGAAACAAUUACUUAGCAUCAAUAGGAAUGGCGGAUUAAUUAUAUGUGGAACUGGUAGCUGGAUUUGCUACCCGCAUGUUGAAGGUGUACAAAUUUUGGAUUUUCAGCCUCUGGACUCAUACAUUGGUCCACAUGCAGAAGUCUAUUCAGAAAGUCUGGUUCUAUUGGGGGACGACAAUUGUGUAACACAUCUGCAACAAAAUAAUGAUGCCAAUAUGCAGGAGGAACAUAUAAGAAAAGGACUUGAGAUUCACCAUUAUCCUAGCAAGAGGCGGGGAUAGAGUGCACGAUUGCCUUCAAAUAAUUUGAAAAUUGAGAUCGAGUGAUGUUCAUGGGGAUAUCAGUCAGAGAGAAGCAUAAGCCAUCAAAUCUGGAGACCGGAACGUUGGUGUAGCCGCCUUAGUUAUUUAAAAUCACUGUUGCAAACUCUUUAGCAGCUACUCAUUUUCAUUUCGUUUUAUGCUCUAGUUCUCAGUACUCCAACCUCUACUGCAGCAGCCUUAAAGGUUUAAAACUUUGUUGCAAACUCAUAAGCAGCUUGUUGUUUUCUUUUAUUGUGGUUCUGUUUCGUACUGUUGUUCUCGGUACACUGAUUGAGAUUUUAGUAUGAGUUUGAAUGUUUGAUUGGAUUGCA